AUGAGUGGUCGAGUUUCUGCUCUCAUGAAUGGAUUGUAUGAUUCCAAAAAAAGACAAUUUCUUGGCAGAGAUGGAGCUGGAUGGACUAAGUUAGGUGUUUUUUACUUCUUCUUCUAUCUUGGCUUGGCCGGUUUUUUCUGUGCAAUGUUAGCUGUUUUUAUGGCAUUAUCCCCGCGUGAUCGACCACGAUAUUAUUCGUAUUCAUCGCGUAUGGCUACUCGAUCAAAUCCGCUUUCACCUGGUCUUGGUUUUCGACCUCAACCAGAAGCUGAUAAAAAUAUAAUAAUCCUUGACAAGAGUGAGGAUUCAGAGACACCAAAUAGCUAUGCUAAGAGUCUUGAUCAAUAUCUUCAAAUUUAUUAUUGGAAAACAGAUAAUGUUGAGAAAGUAGAACAUGAUGACGACGACGACUAUGAAAAAAAUGUAGUCCCAGCUGAAAAAUUCGUUAUUAAUAAUCCAGGUGAUUGUAUAAACGCCACUCAAUAUGGUUUUGCACUAGGAAAACCAUGUGUACUUGUUAAAAUGAAUAAAAUUGUUGGCUUUAAACCAAAGCCAGGUUCAACAGCAGAAGAAAGACAAACAUAUCAAGAAAUAUGUGACCAAAAGCAAUCAGCUAUUGCAGUCCAUUGUCAUGGAGAAUAUCCCGCGGACGAAGAUAAUAUUGGAAGUAUAACUUACAUGUCAGAAAAAGGCCGUAGUACUAAAUGUGGUGCACUUGAAACCUCAUGGUUUCCUUAUGAAGGUAAAACUAAUCGUCGAGACACAUAUCAAGCACCAUAUGUUUGGGUUCAAUUUAAUAAUCCAAGACCAAACGUAUUAAUCAAUGUUUUAUGCCGUAUAUAUGGUCAAAAUAUUGAUUACGAUAAGAAAACAGGUCGAGCUAUGACACGUUUUCAAAUUUAUGUUAAAGAUAUAAAACAAGAAUCUUCACGUCAGAAUGGAGAUGUUUAA